AUGUGCGGUGGCAGGCCUAGUAGUCGUGAGAUGUCCACAGGUACUCCACAUGGCCAACCACCACCCACUUCCCAGGCGUCUCUUCCUCGGCCGCCAAGUUCCAGUGGAAAUCUUAGUGGACUUGUCCUCCCACCUGGUCCUGGCCUUGCUGGUGCAGGAGAUACCUUGAUGUCUGGUCCCGGAGUCAUUCUGGGCGUGGCAGGGCCGGGAAACAGCGUAGGAUGUCGCUCUACAACACCGGGUUCAAGGCCAAGUUCGCAGUCAGCUCUCGACGAUCCAACUCAGGGUCUUUGA